GUUGUACAAUGCAACACCAUUUCCGUGCAGCCGCACUGCUGGUAACCGUUAUCUCCCUCGCUCAAACGCAGCCUUGUAAAAUUUAUGAAGACGGUGGAUGGUACAAGGGUUUGGCAGUAGACACACAGAAUAAGGUGCUCGAGAUCGUAAAUAAGGCUCGUCAAAAGUUGGCCAAUGGAGAGCAGCAAAAUGGUAGCGGAGGAGAAAACCUACCGAAGGCAAAAGGAAUUGCAGAUUUGGUAUGGGAUUGCGAUCUUGAACAGGAGGCGUCAGUCGACUUAUAUUGCCACUAUAGGAAGCUUGAUGAUCCGAUUGGAAAAACCGGGUUGUUUAGAUUGGAUGCAGAUCUAUAUGAUGCGAUAGAAAAAUGGACGACUGCAAUUGAUACGACAGCUCUCAAAGACUCUGCCAUUACAGCUGAAGAAGUGAUGUAUGAGCCCAUAACGAACGCUUUGUACGAAUACGCAAAUCUUGUAAGAGAUACCACAACCAAGAUUGGCUGCAGUAAAGCAUGCAACGGGUUUUCCGGCGUACAAUUCAGAGCGUACUGUUUCACUGACCAACCGCCACUAACUGAAGAUGACGCAAUUUAUACCAUUGAUCCCAUGUCAAAGACCACCACAACAACAAAUGCAGCUACGACAACAUUUAAACUUACAACCACUACGGUGGUAAAAGAAGCUACCACAACAAAAACGUCAGCAUCAACCACGACGACAAAAGCGAACGCAACAACAAAGCCUUCGACCACGAGAACAGCAACGGAGGGAAGCUCAAUACCAGCGGCGGAAAAGACCACUUCGUGUAUUCCAAGACGCAAAGCUACUACGUUAGGAACCUCCGAGCAUCCACAACAGCCGGCUGUUUUC